UGUUUAAGGAAUAUGCAGGGAACUCGACAUCCCUACAGUCAAUACCACCCACACCACCACCUUCGGCAUCACCGUCGAGAACGCACUCGACCGCCUCUGACUCGUCCACAGGCUCUAUUCUUGAUCCACCCAUGACCCCAGAGGACGUGCGAACAAUAUUCGGCAACGUCGCGGAGCUGGCCACCUUCUCCGAUGAGUUUACGGGGAAGCUAGAGGCUGCGCUUGGGUCAGUCCUGGAAGGGGGAUUCGGAGAGGAUCAUGUUGGCGCCUUGUUUCUCGACACGGUGCGUUCCCUUCACUUGCACUGUUGCUUGGUUGCCCAUGAGACCAUCACUCUUAUAGAUCCCAAGGCUUCAGCCUAUGUAUACGGCUUACAUCACCAAACAUUCAUCCGCGAUAGAGCAUCUCAACAGCUUGCCGCAGACCCCGUCUCUCACGCAGUACCUCGCCCACACCAGUACACUGGCGCAAAGCCUAACGCACGCAUGGGACCUGCCGUCAUUACUGAUUAAACCCGUCCAGCGGCUGCUGAAGUAUUCACUCCUGCUCAACGCGAUCAUCGACGAGACGCCAGAUUCGCACCCUGACAAAGAGCACUUGAAGAAGGCGCGAGCGCAGAUGGAGGAGGUUGCGCAUGGCGUUAACGAAGGUCGACGCCGGCGAGAGGUGGUUAAGGAAGUGCUCAUGGGCGUGCCUUUCAUCAAGUCUGGCGAGGCUAAGGCGAAGAAGAAGGGCCUCAACGUCGGCGUGGCAGCGUCUGUGAACCUGGGACGCAUCAAGAGUAUCCGCGCGGCGGCGUUCAAAGUCAAGGAAGGCGCCGAGGCCAACGAGGAGGCCGCGCGGGUUGCGCGACUGGGGGAAGAGCUCCGCCGGCAGGAUGCGUUCGUGCGCCAGUUUGCGAAGGACGCCCUACGCUGGGUGCGCUCAACGACGACGUUCUUCGAGGCCCUGAAGCAUUGGGCGCACGCUUUUGGCGCGACGAUCGGCGUGGACCAAGAGGCCAAGUCCGAAGCGUUUGACGCUUUCGUCGAGCUCAUCCAACACGGACUUACCCAGGCGUGCAAGGAUGCUGAAGUGUCAAUUCAUCACGAGUUGCUCGAGCAGCUACAGCGGCUAAGGGACUCUACAAACGCUCCCGAGCGUCUACUCGAGGCCAUGCGCACUCUCGAACCCCUACACUACGGCCUGCUGAAUUUCAACGUUGCGAAAUCGCGACCACCCCCUCAGCUUCUUGAAGCCUCAAAGUCGUAUGUUGCGCUUCGUGCUCAACUGAACGCGGAAUUGCCCGCGUACCUGGAGCUGUUCGACAAGGGCAUCCGGGCUUGCCUCGAGGUCUUCCGGCGCAUGCAGGUGCAGUUAUGGGCCCAGAUCAAGGGUCAGUGGUCGGAACUGUGGGACGCUCUGCGUAUGGACGAAGAAGAAAGGGGUUCGGCGGAGCAGACGAUGGUCAUUUGGCACCAGCGGUACGACGAAGUACACUUCCAACUCGAGGGACUCAACAUCACUCGGAAACCCCUCCGAGACAAGGACAAGGGGCCGCAACGAUCAAUGUAUAGGGCACGCGGAAGAAGCUUCUCGGGCUCAAUCGAGACACAUUCGACCUCUUCCACAGUCGUGCUGGGCUCCAUGGCAGCCCUUGACCCAGCGCACAUGUACUCUCCUUCGACACGAUCGUCACAAACGCUCGUUGCGUCGCCCGGCAGUACGAAGACGUCGUACUCUGAGAAGAAGCGGUCCUCGGAGAGUCUUCACUCAAAGCACUCGGCGAAGUCGACGAAGUCUCAACCCAAGCACUAUGACGAAGACCAGUCAUACAGCGAGUUUCUCCAGCAGUAUGCCGAGAGGCAUACCGAACCCGAGAUUCCAUCUCCCCUAAUCUCACUUCCGAUGCGACUUCGCAAGUCGUCAUCUCAGGGUCGCCUACUGGACUCCACGAGUGAGGCGGAGGCGAGUGCGAGCGGCAGUUCAUACAGUCUCGUGAAUCACCCCGAACAUCUUGGUGCGGAAGAUGACCGUGGACGCUCUCCACGUAAGCCGGGUUUCAAGCGACGUCUCACCGACACGUUGCGGACCGGCAAUUCGUCCUCGUCGCGGCAUCGCCGCUCGCCUUCGCUCCCGCCCAUGUCCUCUCUCAACCUAUCGCCUAUGCCGUCCCCGGCCCAGCCCUCGUUCGAUCUCGACCCGCGGGAUAUCACGCUGCACCGGAUGCCGACGCUCUAUGAUUGCACUGUUGUCUUCCCGCUCAGUCCGCCGUAUCCUGUUGUGUACCGCGGCCUGCCGUUCUUCAACCUUAGACCUGGCCAAGUUUACGGCAUCAUGGUUGAGGAGGGUCACCCCUCAACCUUCCCCGACCUGCCCCUCAAGGUCGACGAUGGCGUAGAUUGUCUGAUGAUGGUCCGCAACGAACGCAGGGAAAUUGGAUGGGCCCUCGCAAGCUUCUUGCAGCCUGUCCCGUGAUAUUUAUUGUUUGUAUGCCCUUUUGCUUCUCGCAUCUUUCUUGUGGACUGCUUGGUCUAGCUUGCUCGCUCGCUGCUCAUUCAUGGACGAUUCUUGCAUAGUCCUAUCCCCCUACACAUAUGAUAUCCUGGGAUACUUAUGCUCAUCCACCUAAUGACCUUUAAUGUUCUUGCUCCGUAGAUGUUUGUACCGUUGACCAUCAUGGCUGUAUGAAAAGGACAUGUACUUGUAAUAGGAGUUAGGACUUCUGCUGUCGUAGGGACCUUGGAUACCUUUGAGCCAAUCACAUUGAGACUUCUUUGC